AUGUCAAACCCGCCGCCCGUUCCCGAACACACCUUGCCUGACCCCCUGGUGACACCUGCUACGCCUGCCCAUCAUGAUUGCUCGAAGACGGCCGAGCGAGCUCGGCCCAACCCACGUCACCACUCUUCGCAGGAUCAACACUUGUCCCAGGGGGCUCAACAGGAGCAAUCCCCAUCGCGUGCAGAAUCCCCCACAACUACCCAUCAAUGGUCCCAGCCUGGCUCCAACUUGGCCCUAAAAAGGGCGCCGACGGUCCCGCUGGAGAAAUUUCCCCGUCCCGACACUACUUACAGCCCACAACUGUCCGAGAGAGAUACGCCGCAACUACCCCACAAUUCCCCCCCCGAAAUCCCUUCCGACAAUGAGCGCCAGGUCAACUCGAUUCCUGGCCUGGAUGAUGUGUCUGGCUCUCUAGCUCCUCUCUCCAAGGUUUCUCCCCAUCGUUCUCACGUCGACCCUUCCCACAUGGAAGUUGACGUCCGCAGACACAUCCCAUUGCGCUCCUCUUCCCUCUUCUCCCCGGCCGAUGUCACCCGUUUGUCUCGGCUGCGCUCGUCUAUCUCGUCCGCAGACCAAGUGAAAGGCAAAGGGGUGCAGACGGGAGUUCAGUCGCGAUUGCCUGGGCCAUUGGAUGAAUCAGGUACGAAAACUAGUGGCUCACAAAGUUCCCUGGCUGAACGCAGUCUUCUCCCGUCCGUAUUAGACGAUGUCUCUCUGUCACCACAGUCUCUGACGCCCCCUGCCCCCGGUCAGGACUGGCCGAUGGUGAGCCCGGAGGCAGCACCUCAUACUUCACGGGCAGACUCUUCCCGGGGCAUUGCGUUGGACCGCAACUCUAGCAGAAGUCAUCGAGGUCGUGUGGACAGUUCCAUUGAAGCAGAUCUCAGCAACGUAGAGCCAGCCUCUCACGUCCGCAGCCGUAAGUCUAGUCAUUACUUAGGCUUGUUCAAGGAAAACACCACCUCGCCAGACCGCAAACGAAGAGAGGACCGUGCCCAACAGCACGAUGAGAUAUCCGAGCAGACCGAUCGUACCAUGGAAAUUGAACACCCGGCCUUACGCCUAGUGGCAGAGGAGGAAGGUUUACUUCGAAAAAGCAUCUCGCUCCCUUCGUUAGCCGAUGGACCUACGUUUGACCUGCCGCAGUCGGUCGAGUCAAGUCGCCAGACGGAGGAGGAUGAGCUUCACAAGCGUCGCCCACCGGUCUUGCCGCACAGUCUUUUGGAGGAAAUUCGAAACUUCCAUCUCACGCCCGGUGGAGGCCGAGGCUCUUCCUUCUCUAAGAGUAUCCCGACGCAGUAUGCUGAACGCGGUCGUGACUAUUUCCAGAAAGAGCCUCACAUAGACCGGUUUUCCGAGUCUUUAAGUUCUCUUGAAGAGGAGGACCGCCGCCCGUUAGCACGCUUUGAAGAUGAAGAAGAAGAGGAGAACGAGCAGAUUUCAUCUGCUCUAUACUUCCCCCACGAACGCAUUGCAGUUUCUGAAGGAGUUGAAGGUGCUCAGCCUUUAGUGGCAGACCCACAUGGCGCACAACCGGUGCAGCUAUCCGCUGCGGAGAAGGGCCAUGAGCUCAUGUUGGUCCCUCAAGAGCGAAGUGCCUCCCCUGAGCAGGAAGUCGGCCACGUGGAUAUCUCCUUCAGAUCUAAGACCGAAAGUAAGACGCUUUACGGCGAGCUUGGAGACAUCCGACAUCCGACCGAGGCCGUGCCGGAGAAGCCUUCGACUACGAUUUCCGAGCGCACCUAUGAGUCUACUUGCGAAUCCGAAGCCCCGUCAGCGGAUGAAAGUGGCUUAUCCGUUCACGACGAAUCCAGUUUGACCGAUGACGCGGAGUUGACGCCCACGGCAACUCCGACUCAGCGCCAUCGUUUCCCUCCUAAACCUAAGCGGAAGACUCCUGCCCCUCUGGGAGCAGUGGAGCUGAAGCCUUACCGGCAUCAGGUUGGCGGUCAUACGACCGUUUUCCGUUUCUCUAGACGUGCUGUUUGCAAGCAGUUGAAUAAUCGAGAAAAUGAAUUUUAUGAACGCAUUGAACGAAGACAUCCUGAUAUGCUAGUGUUUCUCCCAAGAUACAUCGGUGUUCUUAAUGUAACAUUCUCGAAGACUUCCAAGCGCCCUAAAAAUCGUCCGGACCAAGCCCAUGAUGCAUCCGAGGGAAUUCAUACUAAUGGAACCUCGUUGAAAUCCCAAGCCCUCGAAGCUCCCGAGCCCCAGCGGAUUGUAAGCCAGAAGCAAGUCACUGGCGUAAUUCCUAAAGUCAUCCUUGAGAAUAAUAGGCAUAUCAUCCCAGCCGAUCUUUUCUCUCGCACCCACCGACCGCGUCUGAUAGAUGAUACAAUGCUGGGGCGACCUCGCUCAGCCGAUGGUUUGGGCAAGCUAUCUACCGAAUCCGAUCCAUCCUUGAGGAAGCAGAACAAGAUUUGGGGAGCUACCACGGUCAACCGACAGCUGCAAGAGCAAGUUCUGCGGGAAGUCUUCAGCCCACCAGCGAUCCAUCAACAUCGACGUCAUGCUCGCGGGCAUCUUCAGCUACCCCGGGCUUCUUCUGAUGUCUCUCGUCGCCGCGGGAAUUUGUCAGAAGAUCACACGGCGAGCAGCCGCCCCUCGCCCCUUACCAAGAUAGACGCUCCACAAACUGCUGCAUUGAACAUCAUGUCACGCUCUGCCGAGGGUCACACACUCUCAUCAUCUGCCUCUACUGCCCUGGAAGAGAAUCGCAGCCGACUUGAGAAUGUGAAAACCCAAGACCAGCCGAAUCGGUCGAAUUCGCUCAACCGAGGCCAGCAGGUACGACGACGUCACUCGGGAGGUGGUCUCCAACGACGCGGUAGUCUCAACAGCCAUAAUACUGGUGAUCUCAUGUUCUUCGACGAUGAAGGUUAUGGUGGCGAUAAGGAGGAUGAAAUCUUUUCGAUGGAGGGUGAUGCCCUCGUCCCCCCUAAGGAGCCCUCAGCAAUCAAGCCUUCAUCCUCCCCCUCUUCGGAAAGCACCUCGGUCAGUGAGCAAAACUCCACGGGUCGGUCAAUUCGAGAGCCCUCUAAGAGUUCGCGAGCUACGGUCAAGGAUGACGAAGAAGACGUCGGCGCCCAUCUUCCAAGCAAUCCCAAGGAAGCCCAACUGAGGAAGGAUGAACGUGUCCAGUUUUUCCUUCUCCUGGAAGACCUCACGGCUGGCAUGAACAAACCAUGCGUUCUCGACCUCAAAAUGGGCACUCGACAAUAUGGUAUUGAGGCAACUGAGAAGAAAAAGAAAUCUCAGAGGCGCAAGUGUCAGUCAACAACGUCACAGCAACUAGGCGUUCGUCUCUGUGGUAUGCAAGCCUGGAACGUCAAGAAACAAGAGUACAUCUUCGAAGACAAAUACUUUGGUCGAGACUUGAAGUCUGGCCGGGAAUUCCAGGAUGCUCUCACCAGAUUCCUCUAUGAUGGGGUGAGCUACACCAGUGUCGCUAAGAAGAUACCGAUAAUCCUCGAGAAGCUAUCUCUCUUGGAACAUAUGAUCCGGAAGCUGGAUCGAUACCGGCUCUAUGCUAGCAGUCUAUUGAUUUUGUACGAUGGAGAGCAGGCGACACCCCCGCAAACUCCUAGUCAUCCUAGCGAACCACGUCCGCCCCGACGUCAGGCAUCUGAGGACGGCCAUAACAAUUUUGACGUCCAGCUAAAGAUCGUUGACUUUGCCAACUGCGUGACUGGCGAAGAUGAAUUACCCCCAGACACACCUUGUCCACCCCACCACCCUCAGGACAUUGAUCGUGGAUACCUGCGUGGUCUCCGCACUCUACGAAUGUACUUCCAACGGAUCAUGAGAGAGAUCACGCAAGACGAGUUUGUGGAACGCGGCGAGGGCGAAGCAAUUGCGCUCGGUUCCCAACCCGCUGUCCGUGAAUCUUCCUCUGAUCAGUUUUGGGAUGAGAAUGUGAUGGAGACUGAUGCGGGUGAAGUCAGCUUCUGA